AUGUCGAAUUUAUCGAAGCUUGAGUUUGUGGCACUUGAUAUCUCUGGAAAGAAUUACUUAUCAUGGGUACUCAAUGCUGAAAUUCACCUAGACUCCAAAGGCCUUGGUGCCACUAUUACUCAGGAUAAUACAACAUCGAGUCAGGACAAAGCGAAGACAAUGAUUUUCUUUCGUCAUCAUCUAGAUGAAGGAUUGAAGGUUGAAUACCUGACAGUGAAAGAUCCACUUGAAUUGUGGACUGGUUUAAAGGAAAGAAUUACUUCCCAAUUAAAAUUAUGUGGGGAUAAUAUAACUGACGAGGAUAUGUUGGAAAAUACUCUUACGACUUUUCAUGCCUCUAAUUUGCAUAAUACCCUUUUAUUGAAAAAUCAUGAAGCCCGUCCCAUUGGAACUGCUCCAUUCCCGGAAGCGAAUGUGGCAGCAACACGUGGCCCAUCUGAAAGAAGACAAAAUAAUCGGGGCCAUAAUAAUGAGUGUGGGCGUGGCAGGGGAAAGGGACGAUAUAAUAAUCGUCGUGAUGGUGGUCACCAUAAAAGGGAGAACAAUAUGGGUUAUCAGGGCAAUCCUUCAAGGAACAACUGUCAUCGUUGUGGUUUGAAAGGUCACUGGAAAAAUGAAUGUCGGGCGCCUGAACAUUUUGCCAGGCUUUAUCAAAAUUCCUUCAAAAGAAAGGCAAAUAGAGGUGGUGCAAAUAAAGGUGGUGCCUCUUCUUCUAAUGCCCGGGUGGAGUCACACAUGACUUUAAAAAAUGACGAUGAGGCAGGGCCUUCACGAAAAUAUGAUGAUAAUGUUGAAGCUAAUUUGGCUUUGAAAGAUGAAGAUUUUGAUGGGCUUGAUUAUAUUACUCAUUUGGAAGUUGAAGACUUCUUUGGAGAUCAAAAUUGA